GUAAUAAUGAAAUGCGAGUCACCAAGACUAUGUCCGAUUUGGGACUACUAGUUGCAUUAAAAUUUGGAAUAUCUCAACCUGAAAUAAAAGACGAAUUGGAAGUUAUUGAUUACGGAAAAAUAGACUCAAAUGAAUAUAAACUAAACAAACUCGAUAACGAUAGGAAAUUAAUAAUCAAUGCAGUCACGUCUACGUACAUAGACUUAAUACAAACAAAAACCUUUAGAACCUUACAAAACACUGUCAAUACUAUAGUAAACCUAGACAAUCAUCGCAUAGAAUUGUUUAAUGACGAAGCCAAAAAUAAAAUCCUCCGUCGAGAACUUAACAAGCAAAUAAGGCAGCAACAUAAUCAUAUAAAAUCAGUUAUAUACGAUAGUGAUGCUACCAUUGAUGCUCUAAGGAGUGAAGUUGAGGACGCAAAUCUUAAUGCAGAAAUACGUAGUCGUUACGUUGAUCGAUGGCAAACAGCUCGUACUGAGCAACAUAAUCAGACAAUAUACGACAAAGAAGCUUUACCAACAGCUGUUAUUGAAUACUAUAAGCAUAGAGCUGAUAGUGAACAAAGAGUUCACUCAGAAGUGGAACUUUUAGUUACCAUUUCUAUAAACGAAACUCUAGAGAAAGUAGAUGAUUGGAUGAAUAAAUAUGAUAAGGAUAUGGAAAAGAUAGACCUAAAAAUACAGAUUCAAAAAAAUGAUUACCAAAACAUGUUAGAUAAAAGGAUUAACUUGGAGGAGAAGAUUGAAAAACAUAAGACCAUGAUAAAGGAGUGGAUAGAUUUUAAAGCAGAACGUGAAAAAGUACGUCUGUAUAGGGAAAUGAUGACUAAGUCGGCAAUAAUUGUUCAAGCUUGGUGGCGCGGACUUUUAGUUCGCCGUCAACUUGGUCCUUAUAAAGUUGCUAAAAAGAAGGGUGGUGAUAAGAAGAAAAAAUAAG